UCAUGUUGUAGCUUCACGGAGAGUGUGUCAAAUAUUGCCAAGUGCGGUGUAAUCUACAGAUAUAUCUGUAUUUAAAGUAUUUUUAAUUUAUUAUUAUUUAUUGUUCGGGUAAAAUGAAGAGAGAAAAAUUUGAAAAUAAAUCGGCAAAAUCAGGGGAUAGGCGAGUCAUUAGACACAGGACGCGAGAGCCUGACCGCGUCACAGAAAUGCUGAAGCUCUGUCUCCAGAGGAUCUGCGAGCUGCAAGCCGAGAUGAACCAAGUAGAUGAAGAAGUCCAUGAUCCAGAGGCUGAAGGAUAUACAGCGUGUGCCAUGGAAACACUCAGGUUUCUGACAGCUCAGGGAAUGUCACCUGACCAUCCUGUCGUCAGGGCUUUGACAGAUAGACUGCUUCGAAACAGAGACUGACAAUGAAAAAGCUUAAUAUCCCUAGAUUAUACAGGGUACCCCAGAAAUAAGUGCAAGUAUUUUAACUGGUAGUAGGUAUAGUUUAA